AUGGAAACAGAAGAGAUGAAAACAAGGACGUUGGAGCCAAUUGCAACACCAGCAACUUCUGCUGCUUCUUCCAGUUCAUUCGAGUCGGAAAUUGAAGAACAAAUUGAGACAAAAGAGGACGAAGAAGUGGUGGAAAUGGAAGUUUCACAGAAAAAAGUGUCGGAGAUGGACGAGAAGAAAUUAAAGCAAGACGUGGAGAUGAACGUGGAGAUGAACGUGGAGAUGAACGUGGAGACUACAUCUCCAAUGGAAGAGUUGGAGAUAAUGACAAAGGCUGAUGUUGUUGCAGAACAAAAUGUGAUUAAGGAACGUAUUAUUUACACUAUCAAACAAUUGCUGGAUAUGGAGAUGGAAGUGGAAAAGUGUGAGAUGCCAGAGUCGGUAAAAGGUAUGGCCAUUGCAGCGGAAAAGCCGACAAAGGCUCUUUCUGCUUCGUUGGUGGAGGGAAUGGAUAAGGGAAUGCGUCGAAACGAUUCGUCUCGAUCUCUGAGCCGUCAUAACAGCAGUAGCAGCUUUAAUGACGGACGUGGACGUCGAGAACGUGAACGAGGAAGCAGUCGUGGUGGCCGUGGAGGUCGCGGGGGUCGUGGUUAUCAUGACACAGCUCCACCUCUUGAAGAUUGUGCCCCUCUUGAUAUUAACGAAGAGACACGCUGGAAACCAACGCACGCAAAGUCGCGUCUAGAUGACCCAGUUGAGACCACUGAUGCAUCUCUGAAGAAGGCAAAGUCUAUUUUAAACAAGCUGUCGAUCGAAAAGUUCGACAAACUGUCCGAUCAGCUGAUUGAGGUUGCUGUGCGCGGCCUAGAUGUUUUGAAUGGUGUAAUUGAGAUGGUCAUAACUAAGGCACAGACGGAAUGGCACUUCUCGACGAUGUACGCUGAGUUGUGCGCUAAGAUUGCACAGACUGACAUGCCAGCGAUCACCCUUGAGGACAAUGAAGUGGUGACGGACACACAUACGCUAUUCCGCAAGCUGCUGCUACAGCGUUGUCAGGGGAAAUUUGAGGAAAAGGUUCACGUUAAGGACCUCAAAGACUUGCGUGAGGACGAGCGCCGUGAGAAGGAGCUAAUUAUGAAGCGUGCUUCUCUGGGUCACAUUCGCUUUGUCGGUGAGCUGUUCAAACAGCGUAUGCUGAGCUCGCGUAUCAUGCACGAGUGCGUCGGCAUACUGUUUGGUGACAUUACGGCUCCCGAUGAGGAGUCACUUGAGUGUUUGUGCAACCUGCUGAGUACGAUUGGUCAGGCCCUGGAGGGCAAUGCGUCCAAAAAGAUCGAGCUGAAUCACAUUAACGGCUACUACGCUACCAUAAAAAAACUGAGUGGUGAGUCGAAGCUUUUGUGCACUCGUGUGCGCUUCAUGCUGCAGGACCUGUUGGAGCUGCGUUCAAACCGGUGGGUUGCUCGUCGCAAAGAGACAAAGGCAAUGACAAUUGCUGAGGUGCAUGCAGAGGUUGCUCGUGAGGCAAAGGAGAAGGAACGUACAAAUGGCAAGAAUGGUGGCCACUCCCGUCUACAACGCAGCUACUCGAUGAACUCUACAGGAUCAAUUAGCUCGAACGACCGGCGGCGUGGCAGCGGCACUGGCGCUGGUGCCUCGGCCGCCUGGAAAGCGCGAGCUGCGUCCUCUUCUAUAUCGUCUUCCAGCACAAACACUACUGUGGACGCGGAUGGCUGGGAGACUGUAACGGGCGGUGCGCGUCCGAAGGGCGUCAAACACCGCAGCAAUUCGGACCGGAUCACUGCUCCCUCUUCUGGUGCACCCCGUCACCCGAGUGGUGCCCACCUUACUGGUAACACUUAUGCUUUCUUGACUGGAAAGGAGAAUGGACGUAGGGAGCGCGGUCGCAGCAACAGCUCUUCGUCCACGUCAUCGCGCUCUUCACGUGGACGUGAGGACGUUGGCCUCCCGCCUACGUCAUCUUCGACCAAGUCGAACAAUGGCCGACCUGCCAAGUCUGCGAAGGCAUUCGAGGCUGAGGCUACUUCAGCCCUUACGGCUGAAGCUUUUGAAAAAAAGGUGAAGGCUAUUCUUGAUGAAUAUGUGGAGUUGGAGGACUUGGAAGAGGCAUACGCGAGCUUCACCGAGCUCAACGCCUCAAACCAUUACGCCUUGAUCCCUUCCAAGGUUUUGAGCAUUGGCCUGGACAAGGGCGACAAAGAGCGAGAGGCAAUUGCAGGGUUUUUGGCUGGUCUGUACAAUCGUAAGGUCGUGACUGGCGCUGCUUUGGAAAGCGCGCUGCAGGAGUUGCUGGAGGCUGCUGAGGACAUAGAGAUUGACAUUCCGAAGACGCUUCCAUACUUGAGUGUCAUGGUGGCUCCUUCUGUGGUCGCGGGUAGCAUUACGGUUCCACAGCUUGUGUCUAUGUCGGAGCACCUGUGCUACAAUGGCAAGGCCGCAAAGCUGAUUGGCUCGACUCUUGCGGCUAUGGUGUCGUGCGAGGAUGAAACGAAGGUGCAGGCGCUGCUUGCCUCAGAGAGCGUCGACUUCAUGGCGCUACUGGCUGACGUGAACCGCAACGAGGAAGCUGUACAAGCGUUUUACAAGGACUAUUCACUUGAGUUUCUCAAUUAA